AUGAGCGACUCGGCUGUUCCAUGGGAGUCGAUUCCGACGCCUCUAUCGGUCGGCGUCGCCUUCGGCGUCGUCUUCGGCAUUCUGAUGCUCGUUUUGCACGUGUGCCUCGUCAAGUAUUUCGUCAAAGCGCGUCUGAAGCAUUUGCCGCGCGCGCGUAAAGCCAAAGCCAAAAAAGGAAAGAAGGGAAAGAAAGGAAAGAAAAGCGGAGACACUUCGACCGGAACUGGCACAUCCACAUCGGGUGCCGCCUAA